CUCCGUGACGCCAUCUUAUCGCGACUAAGCAGAGUGGCGGCGGCGUUUUCCGGAGUCGGAGCCUGGCGACGAGGCUAUGGGCAGCCAGGAGGUGCUGGGCCAGGCGGCUCGGCUGGCCUCCUCGGGUCUCCUCCUGCAGGUGUUGUUUCGGUUGAUCACCUUUGUCUUGAAUGCAUUUAUUCUUCGCUUCCUGUCAAAGGAGAUCGUUGGCGUAGUAAAUGUAAGACUAACGCUGCUUUAUUCAACCACCCUCUUCCUGGCCAGAGAGGCCUUCCGCAGAGCAUGUCUCAGUGGGAGCACACAGCGAGACUGGAGCCAGACCCUCAACCUGCUAUGGCUAACAGCUCCCCUGGGUGUGCUUUGGUCCUUAUUCCUGGGCUUGGUCUGGUUGCAGCUGCUGGAAGUGCCUGAUCCUAAUGUCGCCCCUCACUAUGCAGCCGGAGUGGUGCUGUUUGGUCUCUCGGCAGUGGUGGAGCUUCUGGGAGAGCCCUUUUGGUUUUUGGCACAAGCACAUAUGUUUGUGAAGCUCAAGGUGAUUGCUGAGAGCCUGUCGGUAGUUCUUAAGAGUGUUCUGACGGUUUUUCUCGUGCUGUGGUUGCCUCACUGGGGAUUAUACAUUUUCUCUUUGGCCCAGCUUUUCUAUACCACAGUUCUGGUGCUCUGCUAUGUUAUUUAUUUCACAAAGUUGCUGGGUUCCCCAGAAUCAACCAAGCUUCAAACUCUUCCUGUCUCCAGAAUAACAGAUCUGUUACCCAAUAUUACAAGAAAUGGAGCUAUUAUAAACUGGAAAGAGGCUAAACUGACUUGGAGUUUUUUCAAACAGUCUUUCUUGAAACAGAUUUUGACAGAAGGAGAGCGAUAUGUGAUGACAUUUUUUAACGUACUAAGUUUUGGUGAUCAGGGUGUGUAUGAUAUAGUGAAUAACCUUGGCUCCCUUGUGGCCAGAUUACUUUUCCAGCCAAUAGAGGAAAGUUUUUAUGUAUUUUUUGCUAAGGUGCUGGAGAGGGAAAAGGAUGCCACACUGCAGAAGCAGGAGGACGUUGCUGUGGCUGCUGCAGUCUUGGAGUCCCUGCUAAAGCUGGCCCUGCUGUCCGGCCUGACCAUCACUGUUUUUGGCUUUGCCUAUUCUCAACUGGCUCUGGAUAUCUAUGGAGGGACCAUGCUUAGCUCAGGAUCAGGUCCUGUUUUACUGCGUUCCUACUGUCUCUAUGUUCUCCUGCUUGCCAUCAACGGAGUGACAGAGUGUUUCACAUUUGCUGCCAUGAGCAAAGAGGAGGUCGACAGGUACAAUUUUGUGAUGCUGGCCCUGUCCUCCUCAUUCCUGGUGUUAUCCUAUCUCCUGACCCGUUGGUGUGGCAGCGUGGGCUUCAUCUUGGCCAACUGCUUUAACAUGGGCAUCCGGAUCACACAGAGCCUUUGCUUCAUCCACCACUACUACCGAAGGAGCCCCCACAGGCCCCUGGCUGGCUUGUGCCUGUCACCAGUCCUGCUUGGGGCAUUUGCCCUCAGCGGUGGGGUCACUGCUGUUUCAGAGAAAGAAGAAGCUGCAGGUGAAGAAGAAAUGAAAACUCCUUUUAGGCCCAGUUGGCCCUGCAAGAGAUUUGGAGGGUGAGGGUGCUGGGAAGGGAGACUGUGCAGAGCCAGGUGCCUGGAUGUGGAUUAGCCUAGGAAACUGUUGGGUACCAGCCCCAACCCCGCACAUGAGUGCCCUGAGUCUCAGCAGUGACGAGGGAUUGAGAAAAGGAAAUAGAGACACAAGAGUAGAAUUUACAGCAUGGGUCCAGGGGACCAAGCCUGGGAACCACGUUGGCCCCUAGCUCUGGGCUCCAAACACUUUUAUUAUGUGCAUAAUCUCAUUGAGCUUAUGGGAGUGGAAGGGGAGGGUGAAGGGGUAGCAGGGUGGAGAGCACUUGAGAUCCUUCUAAGACAUGCUGAACUAGUACUCUGAGAGAAGUAUAGCGGAUUGGCAUGGUGUCUGACCACACCCAAUGCAUCCAGGGGCUUUUAUCUCCCCAGCAUUGAGGACAUAGAGCAAUUACAACCACUCCAUAUUCCGAGAACCUAGGCAGAGCCUGAGGCGUUCUGUGAUCUCUGCUCUGCCAGGCUUUUCUCCUCCUGGCCAGCUCCCAUCUGCAAAGACCCUCCCAGAUCUUGUGAGCAGAGGUCGCCUCCCAUCUCAGAGAUCUUUGCAUAAGCCCUCUUUACGAGGCCCUCAUGCAGUCUCCAUGUUGAGACGGCAUUCAUGGGACCAGACCAGUAUUCCCUGCUCCACAACCACCCGAGGUGUUCCCAGUGUUACUGCACCCUUGGAUGGUCUUUACCUUAGGCCUCCUGUUGCCGCUUGAUUUCUAAUUAACUGCACCAAUAGUAUAGUUUAAUUCAGUGUAUAAACUUCAGUGUACUCUGGGCCAAGCAGGCUUAUUUAGCUAGAAUUAACAUAGGUCUCUCCCUGGCCAUCUUGACCCACAGGAAACCCCAAGCAACCAGGCCUGGGGAAGCAACACCUUAGCUGCCAGCAAAUGCUUGUUCAGACGCACAUUCUGCACACCUCCCCGGGACAAGCAGGGAUGCUCCAGAAGCUGGUUAAAUGACUUCCAGCAAUUUCAGACAGCUAGUUGUUUGGAUUUCCCUGCAGCCUUAGAUUAAGGCAGAAAGCAAAAGGGGUCCUGGCGUCAGGAGAGAAGGUGACUUUGUCCAGGGAGGACCAGCUGCUGUGGGCAGUUUCUGAAGAAAGUGGAAAGGGAUGAGUGGGUCCUGCCCCAUGUUGGGGCAGCCACAGGCAUGAGCUCUCCUGGCCCUUAGGCUUUCCCAGGCCUGGGCCACGGUGGCCCAUGAGGACACCCCUGCACCCCCACAUGGCCUUACCCACCAAUUGCCAGUGUCUCACCUUGAACCCGCUCAUCACAGGCUGUUCCAGAAACUUGCUGAGUUUUGUUUUGUUGCAAACACUGCUUUUGUUUGUUUCUUUCACCGCACUGGGAUGAAGGAUGCCGGGUUAAAAUUGACUGGUUUCUCCUGGCAGAAGCAGCUUUGAACUUAGGAUGCCCAAAGGAUGCUUUUUUUUUUUUUUUUUGACAGAGUCUUGCUCUGUCGCCCAGGCUGGUGUGCAGUAGUGUAAUCUCAGCUCACUGCAACCUCUGUGAUUCUCCUGCCUCAGCCUCUCAAGUAACUGGGAUUAUAGGUGUCCACCCCCACACCUAGCUAAUUUCUGUAUUUUUACUAGAGAUGGGUUUUUGCCCUGUUGGCCACGCUGGCCUCAAACUCCUGACCUCAGGUGAUCCACUUGCCUCAGCCUCCCACAGUGCUGGGAUUACAGGUAUGAGUUACCUCAACCGGCCUAGGGUGCUGUCCUGAACUACUAAUAAGAUGGAGUUUUUCCAGGAAGGGAAGUGAGUUCUGCCUACAGACUUGUGGACAUCAGGGAGACACCACACAUGUCUUGGCCCAGCGCUGAUCCUAGGGAAGAUGUAAGGCCAUGGACAUUUGGUGUGUGGGUCAUAUCUGAGUAGUGGGGGUCCAUCGGGCCUUCCUCUUCCUGCUUCUCCUUGUCAGAGAGCCAUGACCUGAGCAUAGCUGGUUCUGAUUUGACACCCCACUGCUGUAGGCCUCCCUCACUUGUAUCAGCCUCUGUGGGACAUUCCCCUUAACUCUGCAGGGGCCCUGGUUGCCUUUGCAGCUUGGAGAUGAUGUUUUACCACAUCCCCACUGCCUACCGGGCCAGAGGACCUACUAUUGAUCAGACAACUGAGCUGGAGAGCCCGGAAUUGCAUUCUAAUCCCAGCCCUGCCUUUGUCUCCUGUGAGAUCCUAGCAGGUGGCUUUGCCUUUUCUCCAUCUGCAGAAGGUUCUAAUCCCAGCCCACUGUUGCUCCAGGGCCAUUGUAGGGACCAAGGAAAAGUCGGGGUUCAGCAGUUCUUUGAGGUGGAAUGGAGAGUUGGGGAGCCAGUAGGCCUGUGCAUGGCAAGGCUGGAGCCUGGGUCCUGCAGGGGAGCUAGACCAGCACAGAGGUCACAGUGGAGGUUAAAAUAUUCUUUUUUUUUUUUUUGAGACAGGAUCUUGAUCUGCUGCCUGGGCUGGUGUGCAGUGAUGCAAUCAUAGCUCAUAGCAGCCUCAGUCUCCAGGGCUCAAGUGAUCCUAUAGCCUCAGCCUCUGGAAUAGCUGGGACAGCAGGCAGGAGCCACCAUACCUGCCUAAUUUUUUUCUUAAUUAUUAGUAGAGAUGGGGUCUCACUAUAUUGCCCAGGCUAGUCUCACACUCUUGACGCUCCCACCUCGACCACCUAAAGUGCUGAGAUUACAGGCGUGAGCCACUGUGCCUGGCCAAGUUUAAAAUAUCUAUACCAUGUAUUAAUUUUCCUGUUAAGUGAUUUUAUCUCCUGAUACUAUGUAUUUUAUGUACUUCUUGCUAUUAAAUUACAAAUUAUCCCAAGGACAAUGAGUGCCCUGCAGAUAGUCAAAGAAACACAGGGCCCAUGUCCUGCCCGAGGCCAGUCCUGACUACACAUGGUACACACCUCUGCCCUGCUCACACUGUCCUGCACAACGUCCUUUAUGAAAUGCCAUCGCAGGUUGUUCCCAGCACUUUCUAUGCUGUAAACUGUUACAGUGAAUGUCCUGACACAGAGACCUCCAAGAGCCUGGUCUCCUCCAUUUUGCCUGCUGAUAAACCCUGAGAGUGAACUUCACUGCCUCUCAGCCCUAGCCUCACCCUUAAGAGAGGAAGGGAGCCUGACUAGGUCCCAGUGGGUUGAUGACCACCUGGCCUGGAGCCCGAGACUCAGACCUGUUGGUGAGUGGGCCAGACUGUUCAGAUCUGAAAAGGGGUUUGCACAAUGCCAGCUACCCAGUCGAGGGUCUGUAUUAAUUGUGACAUUGUGGCAACCUGUCACUUGGUCAUUCAGCUGACAGUCUUUCCCCCUGCAGAGGCCAAGAAAGCCCUGGAGGAACAGUAGACCUUGGUGUCCCUGCUGAGCACAAGCCAGCAACGAGGACCUGGCCCCCCCAGGCUCCACCGCAUCCUCAGCCACAGACAGAUGGGUGCCCCAAGCUCAGCCACUGGGAAUGUGUGCCUGUCACAAGUAAUUGCUUCCCAAGAAGCAAUUCCUCUGGGUGUCAGUAAAGUCACUGAUGCCCCAGCCCUCCCCUCAGAGAAUCUGAUUAACCAACCCAGCUGGAUGGGGAGCUAGGGAACAAAAGCCACUGAGUAAAUAGAAGCAGCACAGCUGAGGCAGGGGCUCUUCCGACUGCUCUGGCGCCUUCCUUGGGUGACAGGGCCUCUGUGGGCUAGUGGCUUUGGAAGGUCUUUGCUCAGGGGGCCUCGUCUCCCUUGCCACAGGCAUGGGGUGCAGACUCUUACGCUGGAGGCUCAUCUUUGUAGCCCGCAUGGGUGCUUGGGGAAGGUCUUUGAGCUGCCUGGUCCAAGAGUAGAGUCCAAGGUUUUGACAAGGUCACUCCACGCUCAUGCCUGCUGUGUGCUCUGGCACAGACAGACCCUGGUGUGGGUUCCAGCUCUGCUGUGUCCUUUACUCUAUGACCUUGGGCAAUUUACUAAACCUCUCAAGCCUCAGUGUUUGAGAGAUUUUAUGUUAAUCCUAUCUGCUUUUAUAUUUAAUCUCUCUUUUGAUCCAUGUAUGGUACAUAGUUUUAAAAGUUGAACAAUACUGCAAGACUGGAAAUACUAAGUCCCCCCUUCUUGACCCAUUGCUUUCUGUUCUUUUAGCUCUUUCACUCUUCUUUUUUUUUUUUUUUUUUUUUUUUUGAGAUGAGGUCUCCCUCUGUUGUCCAGACUGAGCUGGAGUGCACUGGCACAAUCACAGCUCACUGCAGCCUGGGGUCAAGCAAUCCUCCCACUUCAGCCUCCUGAGUAGCUGGUACUACAGGUCUUUGCUACCAUGCCCGCCUAAUGUUAAAAUAGUUUGUAGAGACAGGGUCGCACUAUGUUGCCCAGGCUGGUCUUGAACUGGCCUCAAGCGAUUCUCAUGCCUUGGCCCAAAUUGUUGGGAUUCCAGGCAUGAGCCAUCGCACCCAGCCACUUUCACCUUUAGAAUGUUGACUUCCCACUAUGAAAAAUGAGCUGAUAGCCACCUCUUCAUACAUUUCCUCCCUAUCCUUCCAAUGCUAUGAUUUGGGGUAAGUUGAUAUUCAGUGUUCAUGUGUUUAACACCAUGUAAACAUUGUUUUCUGCUAAACCAAGUAGUUUUCUGUUUCCUUUCUGCAACAAUUAUUUGUUUUUCCUCAAGCUAUAAUUCUCUCUCUUUUUUAUUUACUUUUAAAUUUCUACUUUAUGUUUUUCUCUAUAAAAUCGUAAAAAUCUGACCAGAUACACCCAGCAGGUGUGCUUUCCUUGGAGACAUUGCUCCGGGAACCCCUCACAAUUUGUUCUACUCUUACCAACCUAUCUGUUGGCCCCUCUCUGCCUUCCCCAGAGUGAAGACACUGAGGCUCAGAGAGGUAGUAAGAUCUGGGUGGAAAUGCAGGCCUAGAUAAGGAGGUCCAGUUAUGCUCAAGGGCCAACCCCCUGCCCAGGAUGCUGCAGCCCAGUGAGUCGGCAGCCACACAAAUGGGACCAUGUGGUGGGUUUAACGUCUGCAAGGUGGGGCAGGGACCUCUGGCACUGAGUGUAGAAGGCAGAGGCAGGUCUCCCUGUCCAUCCUGAGUGACCAUUCCUGGUAAGAUGUCCCAUGCUGAUUUCCAUCCUCCACCCAGGCAGAUCAGAGAAAGACCCAGCCCCACUAUUCUCUGACCACUCCAUAUGUACUUCCCCUUAACUUGCUAAGCCAGCCCUACCCAACUCACAGGCUGAGAUCACCUCCCAGGGCCACCAGCACCCUGCUCAUCACAGAUGGGGCCACUUUGACUACUUCCCUAGGUCUCAUCUCCUCCAUCUAGGGGCUGAGCUCUGAGCCUGCUCCCAGCGAGCUCUGCACUGCACGUGACUCUUCAUCACUGGUCCUAGGAGGCUAAGGUCAGCCCUGGGGAAUGCAUGACGGUUAAGAUGACGCUGGGGGUCCCUGGCCAACAACUCCCAGUCUUGGUGGCCCAAGUCCUUAAGGGCAGUACACAUUCCUGAAGGGGACAGAGAGAGCCUCCUGAGUCAAGAGCUUUUGCCCAAACACCAUAUGCCUCACAACAGAGAGGUGUAUGCACUGUCUGAGGCUCCUGGUGAUUGCAGUCCAGCCCACAGGGCCCGCUCACCACAGAGGAUACCCAUGAGGAUGUUAUCCAUGUGUUCUUGCACACCAGAGGUCAUAGCUCAAGGGGGCUGUGCCAUUGGGCCAGGACUACCCUAGGUGUGUAGGGAGAGGGUUAAGGGUGCAUAUCCUCUCCUUCAGCCAUCAAGAUACAAGGGGUGGGUGAGUGUUAGAGGCCCCUGGGAGAUGAAAGAUGCAUAGAGCUCUCCAAAUGGCCGCAUGUUUUCAAAACAGACAACUCACCAGGAUUUCAUCUGCAACUCACAUUCAAUCUGCUAAGUAGGGAAGAAGAAAGUAUGUGGUUGUCAUGGCAACACCAAAUUGCCCAGGACCAGGUUGGUCUCUAAGCUGAGGAAGGAUAGGGAGUGGAGCCCAGCCUCUGUCUCUAUGGUAGGGAUGUUCUGGAGAACAGGGGCAAGGGGUCAGGCCGGACACACACGUGUGGGGCAAAGGUCAUUGCUCCCACUACUGCUGCUCAGGGCUGAGGGCCUGAGCCAUGUGGUGUUAUAUAAAGGGUGGACUUGGGGCCCUCACUCUGGGGCUAGGGCCCAGACUGUUCAAGCAUGCAAAUUCCAGAGCCAGCCUCUUGCUAAGGGCCAGUUCCCCCUUCUCCCCAAAGGCUAGGCCCACCCUAGAGCAGCUCAGAUUUGGUGCCUGCUUCUCUUUCCGCCCCCCAGUCCUAGCUGUUCCUGGCAGAACUUCUGUCUUGAACUUGGCCAUGGAUGUGGACACAGCCUGGCACAUACCCUGAGUGGAGUCUGAGGAUCAACAGACCCACAGGCCCACCCAGAGAGUGCCAAGCAAAGCUGAUACUUCUAUUCAUAAGCACGCAGUGCUCAGCCUGGCCUCUUCCUCCCCACCAAGAAUGAAGUGGAGCCAGUAACGGGUUGCUCUGCAAUGCAGUAUCUGCCAAUCUGGGCCCAGGCCUGGCUAGGUAGAUGGUAGGAGAGAGGGCUGCUCCAGUAGGAAGGAGUUGAGCAUCGGGACCCUCCCCUGCCCCGGACUUGCCUUAGCCCUGUUUCGAUUCUGACCAUCCAGUGUUCUGGGGCCUCUGAAAAACGUCCUGGCCCCAAGGCCCUCCUGACCAGCCAAGCCUGGCGUAUCCAUAUCUGUGGUCCCAGGAUCUGAACAUAGGAGGGCUCCUGGACACCUAAUACAUGAAUAAAUGAGGGAGUGAAAGGAUUAAUGAAUGGGUGACUUGGGCAGUGAGGACUAGGAACAGAAGAAAUGAAAGAGACCAGGUUGGGAGGGGGAUGCUUGUAGAGCCAGGUUUUGGGGAGCCUUAAAUGCAGGCUGAGAGGGGGUGUUUAUCAGGCUCCCCCACACCCAGCUUCUGCCCUGGCCCUGGGACAACUCCCAUCUUCCAGAGGGGCCACUAGGGACCCUGCCAGAUGUGGCCCUAUCACCUGAUCCCCUUUCAGAGAGACAGAAACCCCAGGGCCCAUCCCCCAGAGUCUGGCUCACCUGGGCUCCUACAGGGCCUGCCUCGCUGGGGCCCUGAAGACUUAACUGCUUUCGCUUCAUGCUCUGUGGGUUUUCCCAGUUGUUCAAUUAGUGCUAAUUGGAAGCAGGAAGUGUGGGGUGGGCCUGGCCUUGGGCUUCCUGGGACAGGCUCUACCCUAGAGCUUUGGGGGCUCUCUCAGGGCUGGGUGGGGUUGUUGGGGGCUCCCCGAGCAUCUGUUAUACUGGCUCUGUGCACAAUUGGGCCUCUGCUUUCCAGAGGGCUCAGGCUGUCACCAGCCACCUCUCACCCCAGGUGCCAGUUGCCCCCAAGACAGGGCAGGCUCACCCUUUUCACUGCCAAAUCCUCGCCUGGCACAGAGCUGCCGCUCUUCACAGUUUCCACUCUAAGAACGAAGGGAUGAUGGGCUCAGGGCCUCAGAGAGAGGUGCACAGAGGCCUCCUGAACCCCUCACCCUUGGUCCCAACCUCAGCCUGUGGCUCCACAAAGGCGAGGAAAGGCCUGAUUUAUCUGACUGGCCACAUGCUUGUGCUUCCCUUGGGAGACAAAGGGUGCAGAGGCCCUCUGGAGAGGCGGGGCUUCCCCUUAGUUUCCCUCCUCCCAUGUCCCCUGCCCCUCCACUAUGGGCGCAGGUGGGAGUGUCCAGAAGCAAAGCCCCUUUUGUGUCAAGCCCCAACCAAGGUUCUCAACUCCUGUCAUGCUCUCCCCAUCCACAGACACUGGUGGCAGUAUGAUGGCAGAGGCUAUAAUAGGGGAAGUAUGGGGUGUGGGCACAUGAGGGAAGGCCCCUGACUCUAGCCUGGGCAGAGGCCCGUGCCCUACCUGGCUCUCUCUCUGCAGUGUUAUGUCAGUCAUCGCCCACAGCUGCCCUCAACCUGGGCACUGUCAGGCCUCCUUCGCAGUGGACUGAAACCCUGUGACACAGCCUAGGACCACCCAGACCCAUGGGCUGGGGGCUCAUAUCUGGAAGCAGGGCCCCCAGGAUUCAAAGAUGCUCAGAGAUGAAGAUUGCUGGGCGCCAGCUCAUGGGGCCAGCCUCAGCUUCAGCCCCUGGGAAAUGCGUGCUUGUUGCUGUGCAGCAGACACUAGAGGAGGCAGAGUGGACCAUGGGCUCCUCUGAGAUUCCGGAGCCCUGCAAGGAGAGGCCUGGCCGCCGGCAGCCGCUAGAGGGCAGAACCCUCCUGUGUGUUUCUUACAAAGGGUUGGUGAGCAGAUGAGCAGGAUGGACAGGAGACAACAGAGCGGCACCCGAGAGUGCAGUGACCUCAACGCUGCUAGCAGGGCUCAGCGGAGGCUGCGAUGCGUGCAAAAGUCCACUGGACCUUAGACCUUAAAUCACCUCCCUGAGCCUUAGGCUUUUACUUCCUGGGAGCCCAGCCCUGAGCCAACAGGGACACAGGGACAGCACCUGGCUCUUAAAUUGGCAGAUAAUAAAUCAGUGUCCCCUUCUUUUUUUUUUUUUUUAUUUUUUUGAGACGGAGUCUCUCUCUGCCACCCAGGUUGGAGUGCUGGAGUGCACUGGCGCAAUCUGGGCUCACCACAACUUCCAGUUCCCAAGUUCAAGCAGUUCUCUGCCUCAGCCUCCCAAGUAGCUGGGAUUACAGGCGCCCCCACCACAUCUGGCUAAUUUUUGUAUUUUUAGUAGAGAUGGGGUUUCAUCAUCUUGGCCAGGCUGGUCUUGAACUCCUGACUUCAUGAUCCACCCACCUCAGCCUCUCGAAGUGCUGGGAUUACAGGUGUGAGCCACUGCACCCAACCCAGUGUCCCCUUCUUGGAACAUUAGUGGUAGAGGAACAAUUAGGAGAGCAGGUCCUCCAGCUUCUUCCAGGUGCAAUGAGGAAACAGAGGCAGAGAAGAACUCACCUGACCGCAUCUGUGAGGUAGGUGGGGAUGGAUAUUUCCUGAGAGGGAACCAUAGCUAGGCAUGCACAGCAGCCCUGUGACAUCAGUGCAUGUAUUGGGUACUACUUUUGCAGAUGAGGAAAGUGAGGGUCAGAGAGGCUGUCAUUUGGCUGAAGUCCCACCGCAAGGUUGGACCAGGAUUCUUGCCCAGGCAGUAUGAUGCCGAGCCUGCAUGCAGGCUCCCACACAGCCUUAUCACAGCCUUAUGUGAUCUACCCACCUCGGCCUCCCAAAGUGCUGGGAUUAUAGGCAUGAGCCACUACACCCAGGAAAAAAAAAAACCUUUAAUUAUUUAGUUGUUUAUUAUAUAAGAAAUAUAUAGGCCGAGCAAGGUGAAGGUGGCUCAUGCCUGUAAUCCUAGCACUUUGGGAGGCCGAGGUGGGCAGAUCACAAGGUCAGGAGUUCAAGACCAGACUGGCCAACGUGGUGAAACCCCAUCUCUACUAAAAAAUACAAAAAUUAACUGGGCAUGGUGGCUCAUGCCUGUAAUCCCAGCUACUUGGGAGGCUGAGGUAGGAGAACUGUUUGAACUGGGAUUCAGGAGGCAGAGGUUGCAAUGAGCAGAGAUCAUGACACUGCACUCCAGCCUGGACUGCAGAGCGAGAUCCAUCUCAAAAAAGAAAUCUAUAAAUAUAUUUUUACUUUAAAAACAUAAUACAGAGCUGGGCCCAGUGGCUCACACUUGUAAUCCCAGCACAGUUCUGGGCUCAGCCAGUCCUCCCACCUUGGCCUCCCAAGUGCUGGGAUUAUAGGCGUCAGACACUGUAUCCAGCCCGUUUUGAUUUUUUUUCAAGAGACAAAGUCUCACUAUGUUGCCCACACUGGUUUUGAACUCCCGGGCUCAAGCUAUCCUCUCACUUCUGCUUCCCAAAGUGUUAGAUUUAUGGACAAGAACUACCACACCCAGACUUACUUUCUCCUUUAUCCCCAACCACUGCAGUUAGGUUUGGGUUUGGAUGGCAGCAGGUGGGAGAUGGGGAAAGCCCACCUCCAAGCGGGGCAGGAAACAUCUAGCCAGCCCCAUCUUCCCGAAUCUACAGUUAGGGUGCUUCCCAGAGAGCCUGCUCUGCUGCAGGGGACAGUGAGAAGGAGACUCUCUCUCCAUGGACACACAGCCUCCCAAAGCCAAACAUUUCCUCUUUCCUCUUCAGUCCUUGUAAUUGCCACUAACCUGUGUGUAUAUAAGAAACCCACAGGGUUUACCUCGUCCCCUAUUGCUGGACAUACAGGCUGUUACAGCCCACUGCAGUGGCAGCCAUAGUGCGGGUCUCUGCCAGGCUCUCUGUGGAGGUGCUGGGAAGUAGAUUUGCUGAUCUGAGGGGCAGGGGCUAAGUCACCCUCCAAAAAGCCUGUGCCCACUACCAGCAUAGGGCACUUGUACUAACACUUUGCUAAAACCUCUCUCUUUAAUGGGAAUUUCUCUCAUUACUUGUGCUUAUCUUUUCUUACUGAGUGAUUGUUUUUGUUUCCUCUUUUUUCUUUCCCCCUCACCUUUCUGAAUUCUACUUCCUUCUUCUGUGAAGAAGGCCUUCUGUUUAUAUCCUUUCCCCAUUUUUCCACUGUGUCUUUCAUCUUUUCCUUAUUGAUUUGUAGAUCUUAAUACAGAUGCUCUUCAACCUGCUAUGGAGUUCCAACCCAGUAAACCCUUUACCAGUUAUAAACACUGUAAAAUGAAAAUGUAUUUAAUAUGCCUGACCUACUUAAACACACCCACAACACUGACGUUACCUUACAGUUGGUCAAAGUCACCUAACACAGCUGGGCACGGUGGCUCACACUUGUAAUCUCAGCACUUUGGGCGGCUGAGGCACGCAGAUCAUUUGAGGUUAAGAGUUCGAGACCAGCCUGGCCAACGUGGUGACAUCUCUACUAAAAAUACAAAAAUUAGCCAGGCUUGGUGGCACACACCUGUAGUCACAGCUACUCAGGAGGCUGAGACAGGAGAAUCGCACGAACCUGGGAGGAGGAGGCAGCAAUGAGCUGAGCUCACACCACUGCACUCCAGCCUGGGCAGCAGAGCAAAACUCCAUCUCAAAUACAAAAACAAACAAAACAAAAAAAAAACAAAGUCACCUAACACAAAGCCUGUUUUAUAAUAAGGUGUUGAAUAUCUCAUGUAAUUAUCCAAUAUUGUACUCAAAGUGAAAACCAGAAUGGUUGUAUGGAUACUUGAAGUAUUAUUUCUACUGAAUGUAUAUGACUUUUGCACCAUUGUAAAGUAAAAAAUCCUAAAUUGACCAGAUGAGGUGGCUCACACCUCUAAUCCCAGCACUUCAGGAGGCUGAGGCGGUAGAAUCAUGAGGUCAAGAGAUUGAGACCAUCCUGGCCUACAUGGUGAAACCUCAUCUCUACUAAAAAAUACAACAAUUAGCUGGGCGUGGUGGCACACCUGUAAUCCCAGCUACUCGGGAGGCUGAGGCAGGAGAAUUGCUUGAACCCGGGAAGUGGAUGUUGCAGUGAGCUGAGAUCGUACCACUACACUCCAGUGUGGUGCCUAGCGGCAGAGCAAGAUUCUGUCUCAAAAAAAAAAAAAUCCUAAAUUGAGUCAUGCAAGUCGGGGACCAUCUGUAUAUUCUGUAUUUAAAUCCUUUGUUGUAUUUUCUCGCUUCCCUUUGCCCCCCCUGGAGAAGUCGACUCUAGAGGGAGUGCAGGGGACAGGACCGGGACUGGCCUUUCUGCCUGGCUGCAGUUCUUGGAGGUUAUGUUGGAGAGACAUAACCUGGCUAGAUGGAGAGACCAUGGCCAGGUGACUUUUCUGAAAGCCUCUGUUCUGUCACCUGUAAAGUGGGCAGAAUACUGCCUAGCACUCAGAGUUGUGGUGAGGAUUAAAGGAACCUACCCAUGGGCAGGUCAUCUGAUGAGUGCUGCACACAGCUGAUGUGGACUGGAAGCAACUGCUGGGCAGGAGGCACACCGUGUUGAGUAGGUACCUGCUGAACGGUGGUCUCUGUGCCUGUGACCACGGCCACCUGUGGAUAUCUGUAAGUCCAUGACUGUUGCUGUGGAUCUGCCCAGUGAGUGUGUGUGGGUCCUUUGUGGGGGGUCUGUCCUGCAGAACCAGUACUCAGAAGUUUAGUGUGGGUGCGGGGCAGUCUGAGGUAGGGCUGAUGCUUGGAGGGAGGGAGAAGUAGAUGGGCUGAGCUUAGGGAGAAGACACCGCAGGGCUGGCUCAUAUUGGGUGCAGUUGCAAAGGUCUACUAAGGAAGCUCUAUCCCCUCUCGCAUCAGGAUCCCCACAGCAAAGUGUUAGGUUGGCUACAACUGACCCUCUUGUCCCAUUGCUGCCAGGCAGUCCUGGGGUCUCAGAAAAGUCCUUUGGGGGUGACAUGUGGUCUGGCCCACUUGAGGGCAUGACUUGGUCUUGGCUGUGAUCUGCUGAAACUAAUAGGAGGUGUAUUUAUGAGUUGCCAUAAAAGGCACUGACAUACUGGUGAUAAAAGCCUCCAAAAUCACCCUGCUGUAAACUGCCAUUUACAUGUUUAUGACCUUAUUCCCCAGCCAGUGGGUUAGAUAUUCCCAUUGUCACUGACUAGGAGGCCCAAUUCGCAGCCAGGGACUUGGGGGGUGUGUUGAACAAAGGGAGCCUAAUGUGCAGGCCCAGGGCCACUGCCAGCUUGUCCUUGCAGCUGCCCCCUCCCAAGAGACUCCUCCUAUGGGAGCAUACCCUGGAGGCUUAUUUUCUUACUGAGGAGUAACUUACAUUUGGUGCACUAUACUAACCAUGAAAGUAAAACACAGCUCAAUGACUUUUACAUAGAUGACACCCACGUAGCCAUGACCCUGAGCAAGCUUCCUCACUCUAGGAGAAUCCCUUGUGCCCCUCCCAGCCAAGCCCAGAAGUAAGCAGUGUUCUGACCUCCAUCAUCAGAGAUCACUUUUGCUGUCCUAGAAUUUCACCUGAAUGUCAUCAUACGUGUGUUUUCUUCUGUGUGUAGCCUCCUUUCAUCAAUAUAAUGUUUUUUAUUUUUAUAUAAUUUUUUGAGACAGAGUCUUGCUCUGGCCCCCUUCCAUAGUGCAGUGGUGCCAUCAUGGCUCACUGCAGCCUCCAACUCCCAGGCUCAAGUGGUCCUCCCACCUCAGCCUCCUGGGUUGUAGCUGGGACUAUAGGAUGCUCCACCAUGCCCAGCUAAUACUUUCUAUAUAUUUUUUAAUUUAAGAGACAGGGUUUCUCCAUGUUCGCCAGGUUGGUCUCAAACUCCCAACCUCAGGUGAUCUGCCCGCCUUGGCCUCCCAAACUGCUGGGAUUACAGGCAUGAGCCACCUUGCCCAGCCAAUAUGGUGUUUUCCAGAUUCCUCCAGGCUGCCCUGUGUAACAGUUGUUCAUUCUUUCUUUUUUAUCAUUGAGUAGUUGUAUCCAUUUUAUGGAUGGACAGGCCACACUGGUUUAUUUAUUCUCCUAUUGAUGGAUAUUUGGGUUGUUUCCAGUUUGGGGCUACUAUGAAUAAAGCUUCUAUGAAUAGUCCUGUGCA